AUGACAGCACAGAUUUUGGCGGCUGAGCUAGGAAACCUCAUUCAAGACUCCAAGCGCAAGAACACCGACCUAAAGAACGCGGCCGAGAAGGCACUCCAGGAUCUAAAAUCGCUCUCAGUAACAUCAGAGGCACAACUUUCCGCUGGCAACGAUGCUCUGGCUACUGUACUACAAAUAUGCUCUGCACUUCAGAAUGCCAAGAAUUUCGCUGUCAGCAACACAGCCGCGGCUACGCUGCAACAGCUAGUCAUUGCUGUAUUCGACAGGGUUGGUACAGAAGAUGAUAAGUCACUUGAGAUACCCACGGUUAACGAUGUGCCUGCAGACGAUGGUUCUGUGUCCAUCAGGCCAGCUGCGCACGACGCGCUCAAGGUCUUUAACGACCUGAAUCUUCUUCUUACAGGAGAAAAGACGACCUUCAUACGUUUUUCCCCUUUACCGUCCACAACUACUCUCGAGGUUAUAGAAGCGAUCUUGUCCAAUCAUGCCAAGAUCAUGACAACACAUGCGGAGCAAACCCAUAUUCUUCGCUCUUUGCUUAUGCCGACGAUCAUCCGCUCCCUAUCUGAUCGAUUGUCUUUCCCUAUCACACUACGAAUCAUCCGGAUUUUGAACUUGCUCAUCCGCAAUCACCUUACCAUCAUGCCUUCAGAAUGCGAGAUUGCGCUUGGGCUGUUGAAUCAUAUGCUUGACCCAGAGGCGUCAAGCUCAUGGAAACGAGCACUGUGCCUCGAAGUAUUCCGUGGAAUUUAUUCGGAUUCUCGCCUCCUUCUGCAAAUAUAUUCGCAUUUUGAUGAACAAGAGGGAAAGAAGAACAUAUUUGGGGAUAACCUAGCUUCCUUUGUUCGCCUGGCAACUGAAAAGCCUGCCGUCAUUGGGCUCGGCCAACAGUCAUCGCUGCCAUCGAAUCGCAGCGAUGGCAAAGACAGUGCCUCUGAUCAAGCAGUUGCAGAAGCUGGAGCUCUCGCUGGUGUAAUUGGUGCUCCUACGAAUGAGAACAACGCAGGUAACCAUGCUGCCGGGAUCAGCACACAAUGGAGUAAUCUCAAGACGCCAUGCAUCGAACAUCUUGAUAAGACGGAGCCGCCGCCUAUGCCGGAAACCUAUAUAUACAGCUUGGUCUUGACAUGCAUCACGAAUGUUUCUGAGAGCUUGGCUAAGUUCGUCCUGCCACUUACCGUGCACCAUGAAACAAAAAGUAAGAGGAAGAACAAAUCAGAAGAGAAUGCGUCGCCUGGGGGAGAUCCAACGUCGCCCCCUCCUUCGCGUAAAAUGUCACGAACUCAAUCCUUUCGAAAGAAGACGAUACCGGUCAACCCAUUAAGUCUCGAAGAGCACCCAGCUUAUGCAUAUAUACAGACGUCAGCAACGUUAGUCACGGAGUGCUGGCCUGCGAUACUCGCAACCUGCUCGACAUUCCUUAACGCAGCCCUGGACGCUGACUACUACCGAGCUUUAGUACGCGCGAUACAGAAGGUUACACAUGUUGCUGGUUUGCUCGUGCUCCCAACACCUCGCGACGCAUUCCUUACCACGCUUGCAAAAGCAGCAGUUCCAUCUAGUAUGGUGAUGGCUAAUGUUGCGUCGCCAAAGUCAGCGCCUGCUGAACAGACAGGCUCAAAGGGAUUGUUGAACGUCGACAGUCUAGUCAGCCAGGCAGCAUCAGCACUAGACAAGAACCGACGCCCUUCGCACGAAACGACUCAAUUGCCAAUACUGGGGGCUCGAAACCUCCUGUGCCUUCGAGCAUUACUCAAUCUUGCUAUUGCCCUUGGACCUACACUCCAUUCCGCUUGGUCAAUAGUGUUUGAGACGCUACAGGUCGCAGAUCUCGUGAUGGCGUUAUCGAAUCAGGGUGGACUGCGGACACCUGUCGGUGUGGCUCGCACUGAAUCAGACCUCUCUGAAAAGAUAGAAACCGAGACCUCAGCUGUACAAGCGGCAGCUCGUAGGCUCUUUGAGAGCACCAUAGACUUUCCCAACGAUUCUUUUGCAGAGGUUCUCCAAGCCUUAUGCGGGCUGAUUCAAAACGGCAGCGACAGCACUCCGAGAGGGGGGCAGACGCCGUCCAACGCAGGCCGCCCGAAGGUCCUUCACCAGCGACGACUAGGAAGCGUUUCUGGUAUGUCACUGACCACCGAUGGUAGUUGGAGAGACUCGGCUUUCGCGCUGAAUAAAAUCGGGGAGCUUGCUGGGCUGAACGAGGAAAGACUUGCUAUCUACCCGCCCAACGAUAGCGGAUGGGAUAUUCUCGUCACCGAGCUCGUUCGUUAUUCUGCCAAUGACUGCAAUGCAACCUCAACUCGACUCCUCGCUGCGGAUAUCUUGUGUCGCACAGUCAAGGAAAUCGCGCAAUCAUCUAUCCCUGAUGAGGACCGCGAAGAGGUCCAAGCCAGGAUUCUUUCAGCUUUGGAAACACAAAUAUCGUCAUUGCAUCAACAUGACACUCACGACAGCUCGUAUGCCGAUACCGACAUUCGGAUACAUCAAAUAGCACUCGCCGCGCUCAAAAGCGUCAUUGAACAGUGCGGCGAAUCAUUAAUUGCUGGAUGGGUAUCAGUGUUUGACAGUCUAUUGAGUGUGUUCUCGGAUACCUCACGCUCUGAGAAAGAUGAUACAGCUUCCGUAAAGUCUGAAUCAUUGUCAGACAUUGUCGAGGUCAUAUCGAAAACACUAGCACGGACAGCAUUUGGUACGGUCCAGCUCGUCUGCUCUGACUUUCUUGCUGCUGUUCCGGACACUUCACUUUCGACGCUACUUGAGCUCUUACUCAAGUUUUCUUGUCAGCAGGAAGACUUGAACAUGUCACUUACUGCUGUUACCUUCUUCUGGAAUGUGUCAGAUUUCUUACAUGCUAGAAGCGAUUUAUCGCAACUGCCAACUAUAGCAAGCGCCUCCAUGGAUGGAGGAAACAUUCAACAAGCCAUCAAGACGAGGUCAGAGGAAGGAGUAGCGCCUGCACUCUGGCUUCAAGUCCUCAUAGAUUUGUCCACGAUUACAACAGACCGGCGUGCAGAGCUCCGCAACUCCGCGAUUCAGACCAUUCAGCGCAUAUUCGAGAACUAUGUCGAUCAGCUAUCUUCUGAUGCAUGGAUGUUAUGCCUUCGUAGCGUACUUUUCGGGAUGGUCAGCGCCAACCUCUUCAUGCAGAAGCGAAUACGGACAGGAGAUCCAGAGACGAACACCGACGUUACGGCGUGGAACGAGACGACAAAGACAGUGCUCCAGUCCAUAAGCAAGUCCAUGUCGAUGUACAUGGACAAAGUAGAGGACGCGAGUAUGUUGGGACAAGCCUGGGCCGACCUUUUGGACCAUCUUCAGAAAUUUUUCGAUUGCGGCUCGCAUGCUCUUGGCGCAUCGGUCUUCAAUACCAUCACCGAAGUGCUUUCGAGAGGGGACAAUGCUCAAGCAAUAGGUACUGCACCUCUGCUGAAGACAGCUACUGUCUGGACAGUAUAUUUCGAAAGAAGUGAGCUUUGGCAGAAGGCUCCAGAAGACAACCAAGAAGCCUUCAUCGCUUACGCAGAGGCCUUCAAGGCUAUAUAUCGAUUGACUGACAAAUCCUUGAAUCCCAUCGACAUGGUUCAAAUGCUACGCAACCUCGAGGCUUGUGUAGUUCAAUCGGAUGAAGUACCUUACUCGUCAGAUAUUGAUAACAUGACGACACUUCAGAGCCAGGUCAUUGAGUGCUUCACAUUGGUCCGUACUGAAACUGAGGGCCUUCCUCAAUUCCUAUUACAAACCCUCAGCAGCUUUGUGACCCUCCCUUACUCGAGAAACAAAGAACAACGUGGACCUACAUUCGUGGCACUCGCUAAAGCAUCGAUGGCAGUACUACAGAGCAUCGUCAUCAAGCACGUCUCAGACAACGUUAUUUACACCGACGGUGCACUCCUCUCUGUUCUCAGCAGUCUGGAGAAACCAAUCCGAGAGAAGUAUCUGUGGAAGCGAGAAGGCAAGCAUCCGACUUUGUGGCAGAAGGCGACUUCGACCGCUGUCGCCAUUCUCGAAGCCACCCUCUCGCACAUCAACAACCUGGAGGGCGAGCCUCUCAAGUCCCUCUGGACCCAAAUCCUCGCCAUCAUCAACGGUGUUACCCGCGCUCGACUCUCUACCUACCCGGCUACGCUCCAACAGGACGAAUCCUUCGACAUAGACGCAUUCGUCAAACUCAAAUCUCUUAUCACAUUGAGCUUGGGUUCCCCCUCCCUCCCAGAUGCCAUCCGCCGUACCCACACCCGCAACCUCUUCGAAACCUCCCUCCUCCACGCACCCUUCGCCGGCGAAAUUCCCGACCUCGCCUCCGCCCCGCUCGAAGACCUCUACAAAGUGCGUCUCGGCCGCACCGAUGACCCCACCCCAACAUUCCGCCCAAAACUGUCCUACACUACCCUCAACGCACUCUUCACCCUCGUAAAGUAUAAUGGUGACAAGGAUGAGCGCCCCUCACGCAUCAAGCUCGCGCAAGCCGCAGCGCCCUACCUCAUUCUCCGCAGCGCCCUCCCACUCCGCGCGUACAUCGCGGACCACCCUCUGCGAGGCCGCAUGCCGCAACCCGAAAGCCAGCGGCAGGAGCUCCUCUUCGUGCUGCGGGAGCUAGGCAGAUUGGAGAGCGAGCCGGCAAGCAUUCCGGAUGCAGAGGGCGUGAAGAGUAGGUUUGGAAAACAUCUGCAUAGGCUGUUUCCGCUGUUUGUGCGGGCGCUGGGGGUGAGCAGGGGAGAUGGUGAGGUUUUUGGGGAGCUGAGCAAGUUGGUGGAGAGGGUUGGGAGCGAGUUUGGGGUGUUGGAUGAGUGA